CAUUCAUACCUCUUACGCCUCGUACUCCUUCCCUUCCAAAAGUUACCCUGCACAUCAAAGACAUUUUCUUCAAAGAUCUCUCAAGAUACGGAAACAUACCAAGAGAAAAUAAAAAAUAAAAAAAAUGUCGAUCCUGGCGCUCCCCGACGAGAUUCUCUAUUGCCUCUUGACUUUUGUGGAGGACAUAGAUCUGCAGACAUUAGCAAUCACCUCCAAGCGCCUGCGCUGCAUCGCCAUGGAUGGCCCACUCCGUCGUCACAUUCUCCUCAAACGCACACCCGCCCGCCUACAGUCCUCGCUCGCGGAUCGCCCAUCUCGAGACACACUCGCCAAACAAAACAUCCUCCGGGGCAUCCAUAUCCGCCAGCAUAUUCAGGAAGGAAACUACAUCGGUGGCCCCACAGCCGUGCGGUCCUACCAUAUCUCGUGUCGACUAGAGAGGCAGAUGGUCAGUAUCAAGAUUGCAAAGAAGUUGAAGACUCGGCCAGACUGGACAGAGUUGGUCGAACGAGGAUUGAUCCCGGAAGAGAUGUUUGUCAACGAAGAGGAGUUUGAAGCUAAGCGCAGGUGGAGGACUUACCGACACCAGCAGCAGCAGCAGCAGCGCCAGCAGCACAAGCCAAAACAGACGUCCUUCUUGAAGACGGUAGCUCUUGAGGAGAGGCAAAUUAACUCAGACUCACCACUGCCUGAACACAGCCCACAAAUGCAGCACAACCAACUUCAUCCUCUCGACAUCAAUCAAUCGCAUGAGCCAGUAACGGAAGCAUCUUCGUCAUCCAGCACCACAGCACCAGAAUCAGAUACCUCUGCAUACUCUGGCAACCGUUCUCGUCGACAAAAGAAAUCCAUCAGCAUGGUCCUCGUACCGAAGAUCGAGCUCCUCCGCAAGUCCAUGGACCGAGAUCGACUUUCCCGUCUCGUUCAAAAACGUCCCUCCCCAGAAGAACUGAACAGGUCGCCCAAGACCGCCACGGUGUUGAAUGCCUAUCAUCUCAUCGCCUACUCGGUUACCUCCCCAGACUUGGUUCCACUCACAACGCAAUUGAGCUUUCUGUUGAAGGGCGAGCGCCUGAGUCAUUGGCUGUAUCAUCGGCCUAGUCCGGCCGUCAUGCUGAAUGAGCGGCAUAUCCUCAAGACAGAGGCCAGGACGGCCUGGAUGGUCUGUCCGGGCGUAUCCAAAAAAGUCAGGUUUUAUGAGGGCUUGAUUCAGAAGAGGCGGGACUAUGAGGAACAACAGCAGAUGCUUUUGAUGCAACACCAACUACAGCCUCUUCAACAGCAGCAUUUGCCACAAACCGCAGUUGCUUGAGCACCAUGGACAGUGAAGAGAUUUAUAUAUAAUAUUUACAAGUUAAUAAACAGCACGCGAC